AUGACUCGGCAGCGCAAGAAGCUCAACCUGCAGUGUGGCUUCUGCCCUAAGCGCUAUACCAAGCGCGAGCACCUUCAGCGACACGAGCGAAUUCAUACUGGUUCAAAGCCAUUCUCGUGCUCUGUCUGUGCAAGAUGUUUCUCUCGCCAGGAUGUGCUGAACCGCCAUCUUCGGGUUCAUUCCAGUCGGGCUUCUGAAUUAACGGACAGUCCUGGCCCUCAGAUUACACCGCAGAGUCUGCCUGCACCCGGCUGGACUCCAAUAUCAGACCAUGAAUCUACAGCACAGCUCUCGGGAUGUAUACCGCUGUAUGAGGCGCCCAUGGAAGUUCGCCCCAUGACAGAUGAUCUAGCCUCUGGACUCCUGUGGCCUGAUUCAGAGGAGCUGCUGCACAAUAUCAUGUCAAUUGACCCGACACUCUGGCAGCAGCCUCUUGCAUUGGCCCCGUCGACAGUUGGAAUCCUCGAUGUACCAGGGGAUUUAAUAAGUACCGGCUACGACUCUCCAGGGAACAGCACGAUCGCAGACGAUGGACGGCAGGCAAUCCAGUCUCUCAACAGCUUGUUAAGUGAUACGCUCUCGACAGUCACAGCGCCAGCGUCCCUCACCGGCCUCACCUCGCGCUUCCUCGACGGCAGCCUCCAUAUGUUCUUCGAGAACAUCGUCCCCAUGUUUCCCAUCUUCCACCGUCCGACAUUCGUUUUCAGAGAUUGUGCCCCUCCACUGCUACUUAAUGCGAUUGCACUGGGCGCACUGUUUCUUGGUAGUCAAGACGCGAUUGACAAGGCGAACGUGCUAUGGCGCCUCGCACACACUGCUGUAGCAACAUCAUGGCAUACGAUGAUUACACGCCGCCGACCAUCUGAUUCUUGUACGGGCGUGGAACUAGUCCAGACCGUACUCCUGAGCCAGAUCUACGCCGCCCUAUCCAAGAACCGCACAUUCCGCACAACAAGCCAAGUCUUCCACGGCAUCGGCAUCCACUGGGCAAGCCACUGCGGGAUGUACGACGCGACCUACAACGUCCACCUCCCUGCCGACACGGAGAGCAGUGCUGCGAAACAGGAUGUCUGGCGCCGCUGGAUCGCACACGAGACUAUGCUGCGCACCCUCCUCGGUCUAUAUAUUGUCGACGGCGGCGUCUCGCAGUUUAGCGGGAAUCCGACCUUUGCGCGACAUACGGCGAAUCCACUCUUAUUGCCUAGUUGCGAUGCGGUGUUUGCAGCUGGGACUGCAGAUGAGUGGCUUAUUCAUAUGAAAAGACAACCAUCGACGACAGUGCGGUUCUGCGAUGUAUACCAUCAACUCUUCGACCGGAAAGAAGAGGGAGCUAGGUACGACAUCUCCUUAUUCCACCACAAAGUCAUCCUAGAAGGAAUCCGGUGUCUUGUCUCAGAGGCAAACCGGACGAAUCCCCCACCGGUCGGUAUGCCAUCGCGUCGUGAUCUCCUGCUCGUCCUGAGCCAGCUGCGCCAGAAUAUCCUCGCUAGUAAAGCCCUCACCCCAACAGAUCGUCUAACAGCCUUACUCCAGUGGCACUCCAUCUGCCUCGACACAGCUGCAAGCACAGCGCGUGGAACAAGACGAAUGUGCCACCUCUUCGGGAUAAAGCAGGGUAUAUUCGGCGGAAGCCAGCGCGAGGAAUCACUCAUUAAUCCGGCACGGUGGGCGCAGAGUACGUCUGGUCGAGCGACGCUGCUGCAUGCGGUGAACAUGCAGGCGAUCGCGGCGCAGUUGCCCCUGGGACUCGCGUUUGAUGUGAAUAUCCCCGGGGCGGUGUUUGCGGCUGCGGCGACUUAUACGUCUUUUAUACUGGCUGGGGUGGGCAAGGUUGUUGUUCCGGCGGUGGUGGAUUGGGAUGGGGCGUUGAUGGCGCUGGAUAGGGGGAAUUAUGAGAAUGCUGAGGUAGGAGAUUGUGGUGUACAGACGAUGGAUUUCAUUGCUGGGACGUUUGAUGGUGCUGGCAUGCCGAGGGAGAAGUAUGUUGUUCGUGACUUGUCGUAUGAUUUAACGGCCAUAAGGACGCUGCUUAGGGGGCUGUCGCUGCAGUGGGGGGUUGCGGUGGAGAUGGAGGAGGUUGUCAGUGCUUAUAUUGAGCGGUGCGAGUUGUAA